AGCUCCACUUGGGAACAACAAAAUCAUGAAGGCAACAGGAGUCACACAACUGUUCUCUACAGGAAGCCCCCGUCUCCGGUGAGAAAUAAGAAACACAACAGCCACAGGAUGCGCCUUGGGUCAAGGGGACGUGAAACACCAGCUGCCUUUUGGUUCUCCUUUGUGUUCAGUGUGGAUGAGUCUGCGCCUUUCAGAUCGCAUCUCUACAGCUGGGGGUUGAGAUAGGAGCUCCACAAGUGUGAGCAGAGGCAGCAGCUACUGGUCUGGCCUUCAUUUCUUGCCGAGAGAAAGCUGGGAGUCACAAUGGGGACAGCCUUGCUCCCACUGAUCCUACUGCUGCUCAGCCAGAUGCUGUUCAGCCCCAAGGCCUGGGCCAGGGCCAGCAAUGAGGAGGAGGAGGAGGCAGCCGCUGUGUGUGCUGGGACUGCCUGCUAUACUGCCCACUGGGGCAAGAUCAGUGCCGCCGAGGCCCAGCUCAACUGCAGUACCAAUGGGGGAAACCUGGCCACAGUAAAAAGCGAAGAAGAAGCCCAGCAUAUCCAAGAAGUCCUGACCCAGCUGCCUGAGAAGGGGGCCUCAGCCCGGACAGUCAAAUUCUGGAUUGGGCUUCAACGGGAAAAGAGUAAGUGCAUGGACCGUGAUGACCCACUGAAGGGCUUCAGCUGGGUGGGAGGUGGUGAGAACACUUCUUACUCCAAUUGGCACAAGGAGCCCAUGAGCACAUGUCUCUUCAAGCGCUGUGCCUCCCUCCUUUUGGAUCUUUCUUCUCCUGCUUCUGCCCACUCAGUCCCCAAAUGGUCAGAAAGUCCCUGUGGCACCCCAGGCUCACCAGUGAGGAACAUUGAGGGUUAUGUGUGCAAGUUCAGUUUCAAAGGUAUGUGCCACCCUGUGGCUCUUGGGGGGCCAGGUGAGGUGACUUACACAACGCCCUUCGGGGCCACUAGCACCUCCCUGGCUGCUGUGCCCUUUGCUUCAGUAGCCAAUGUGAACUGUAGGGAUGGAGGUGAAAAAAAGAAUCACUACCUCUUGUGCAAGGAGCGAAGCUCCAACCUGUUUGACUGGGGCACCCCAGGCCCUUUCUGUGCCUCCCCAAACCAUGGCUGUGCUUUCAAUAAUGGUGGCUGUCAGCAAGAAUGCUUGGAGGGGGGAGAUGGUUCAUUCCUCUGUGGCUGCCGUCCAGGAUACCGCCUUCUAGAUGACUUGGUGACCUGUAUCCCCCGAGACCCUUGCCAUCCUAACCCAUGCAGGGGAAAGGCAAAGUGCAGCCCUGGGACUCAUGGACAGCACUAUGAGUGUCAAUGCCCUGCAGGCUUCAAAUCGACUCCAAAUCGACUAGAUUGUGAAGAUGUGGAUGAGUGCAGUAGAUUCCCAUGUACUCACAAGUGUGUCAACACUCCUGGUAGCUUCCAUUGCACCUGCCAUCUAGGUUAUGAGACCCAGGGCCACAAUGGAAUGGAAUGCUGGGAUGUGGAUGAAUGUGCUGGGGACCAUUCCCCCUGUGCACAGCUUUGCAUCAACACCGUAGGCUCUUUUCAAUGUGCCUGCCAAAAGGGCUACCAGACAACUGGGGAAGAUGGGACCCAAUGCCAAGAUGUGAAUGAGUGUGAGGAGGAGAGAAACCCCUGUGAAGGCUUCUGCUACAAUAUACCAGGUUCUUUCCAGUGUGGCUGCCUGCCAGGAUGGAAUUUAGCCCCCAAUGGGGUCUCCUGCAUUGCCAACCACAACAAAUCGGGGCUUCCAGAAGACAGUCACAGAAAGAAUGAUGAAAAGGAAGGAGAGAAGAUGAAUGAAAUGGAGAAUGAGAAAGAGGAAAAGGAGCAAGAAAAAGAGAACAAUGGUUCUUCUCCCUCAGUUUUGGACACAACCAAGAGAUCUGAAUUCACCUCAGGAGCUAGUAUUCUCUACAACAUAGCACCUCCAAUGGAGAAAUCUUCCCAACAGACUAAUACUCCUCUCACUCAAGAUCCUUCUAGGCCUCCUACAUACAGUACGCAACCAAGAAUUCAGAUGGUAUCCAGCAUCACCCACCCCACAUCAAUGAUCACCCCUGAUGGAGGAUCUCAGAAAGGAGAAUCCUUGGCAAAUGAGAGUGAUGACACUGAUGGUCAGAAAUUACUCCUGUUUUAUAUUUUGGGGACAGUAGCAGCUACCUUGCUGCUUUUGGCUAUGACCCUGGGGUUAGUGUUCUAUCGCAAGAAAAAAGCAAAAAGGGCAGAGAAGAAAUCCCCUCAAAAUGCAGCUGACAGCUACUCCUGGGUCCCUGAGCAGGCUGAGAACAGGGCAGUAGAAAAUGAGUACAGGUAAAAUCUGGUAGCCUGUAAGGAGGAGAUGGAGGCAAGGGAAACCAAAAAGGGGGAGGUGGGAGGGGAAUGUUUUUGUUAUAAGGCUGUGAGCCCCACAGAGAUCAAACUGAAGACAGGAGACAAAACUACCACAAUCAACGAACAAUCUGUCAGAACAGUACUUUAAAUUGAACUGCUAGAGACAAAAGGGUAUUAUGGGUAUUUUGAUAUGUGUGUAUACAUGUAAAGAAUAUAUGAAUGUACAUACAUAGAUCUUUGGGUAUUUGUCCACACUCAUGAAAAUGGACUACAAUCCUAUGCUUGUGUAACAGAUUAUGGGCAAUGAGAACAUUUGCCAAGACAAUCUAUGUUUUGAUCUUUCAUCACAAUUAAUUUUAAAUGGAAUUUUAAAAUAAUAUAUAAGUAUAUACAUAUAUGUGUAUAUAUGUACAUGCAUAUAUACACUUUUACGUAUAUAUAAGCAUGCUUUUCAAGUUUGGAACUGGAAUUGAAGGAAACAAUGGUAAACCUGUGCUCUGAGGACAUUCUUUUUUUGUGGCAAUUCUCUUUUUUUCAAAGCAGAUGAUUUGAACUUACAUCUAUUUACUUAUGAGUGAGCAGCAUAUAUGGUACCUUUAAAAUGCAGGGGUGGGGUUUGUGAGGAACUGGAUUUUGAUACUGUGCUUACAUAAAUGUUUCAUGAAUAUCAACAAUGGGCAUCUACUCUAUCUGUUUUCAUGUUCUGUUGGAGUUUAAUUUUGUUUUUUCAACCAGCAUUUUGUGAAGCUGUUCAUGAUAGAAAAAAAGAAAAAAGGAAGAGGAUGGGCUAGGAGAAAUUGUAUGUUAAGAGAAUUUUUUUAGUCUUCAUUUUUUUCAGUAGCCAAUUAGAAAAAAAAAACAGUUGGAUGAAAACCAUGAAUUGUUUUUUUAUAAGAAUACAUAUAAUUCCUCAUUAGAUAUUGAAGAAACUCAUCGGGGUGGACAUUCAUGAAUUGAAUUAUCUUAAUAGCUAAGUCUUUAGAAAUCAGGAUUCCUCCAUCCCAAGUUGUUGGAUUUCAAUCUAUUCAGAAGGCUAUGAUUAGGGGAAAAUAACAGAAGUUAUUUAGGUGAAUUAAAGGUGCUAUUUUUUUUUUUAAUGUUUAACCCAAAGAUCUAAAGAAAGAAAAAUACAAAGAUCCAAUUAAGCAAUGCAACUGGGAGAUUUCCAGAUCUGACUAGCUAUUUACCAUGUCAGAGUCAGAUUUAGUAACUAUAGAACUAUAGUUCUCUAUACAUAGGAGUAUAUAUAUAUAUAUAAUAUGUGUAUAUAUAUUAUAUAUACUUCUAUGUAGUAACUAUAGAAAUAUAGAAGAUAUAGUAACUAUAGAAAGCAUUGAGGCUAUGUUAAUAGCUGGACAAGGUCACAAUUCAUUAGGAUUGAACAUUAUUACAGUGUUCAGUUACAGGAUAAAUUCAGUCUGAGGAUUUACUUACUGGUGAAUGUGGUUUGGCAAUAAGAGCAAAGUAUCAGGAGUCCUUCAUGAACAUCAUGUCAAAAGGAUCUAAGGAACCACUUCUUUUUUGCUUGAGCCCUGACUAUAGCUGCUCAGAUAAGUGAUUCACCUGGGUGAAGAGCAUUCCUUUCAUACCCCUCCCCCCCUCCCCUUUUCUCUUGAGCCUGGGGCUGACUUGGCUAUUCAAGUUCAAUUGAAUUUACAUAAUAUGUGAAUAUGUGUGAGUGUUUGGGGUAAAUGGAUGGAUAUCAGUUUCAUAUCUGGGAUAAGAAUUUAUUUUGGGAAAUGAGAUAAAUGCCCAGGGGGCUUUCUCAAAGGUGAAAGGAAGAAAAGUUGGUUCAAGGUGACUGAGAGUAAAAUGAAUUUUUUCUUUCU